CUUAUAACUAACCGCGUCCUAUACAGUUUGUAUAUAUGCUCUACUGUUAUGCCUUCUGAUACUAGAAGAUCUCACGUUCGGCGCUCUAAUGUAACUGCCUGUGCUCGUUGUAAAGCUCGAAAACAACGCUGCGAUCAAAACAUACCAGCAUGCUCCAAUUGCGAGCGAGCGGGUGUAGAAUGCGUCGGCCAUGACGUUGAUGGUUCUGUCGUUCCACGAAGUUAUAUCAAGAAUCUGGAAGACCACGUGGCACUUUUAGAGCAAGAGAUUCAGAGGUACCGCUCUACCGACCAGUCAAUUCCUUCGGAAACCAAACCAGGACCCGAAUUUGUUGAGCAAGUGCUUGCGCAAGCUAGUUUUGUCUCUCUUCAUACCUCGAGUUACCCAAGCCCGCGAUACAUGGGAACCGGUUGUGGUUUACCAUUGUUACGCCUGCUUCUUGUUGGACUUGGUGCCUCAGCACCCAUAGAUCGUGUUAGCACUUGCGAUCCUGGAUUGUUAUCUAUUGCGGAUCUACUGCCGCACGAGGUUGUUGUACAACUGCCUGCUAACAAUGUCUCUCUUCGGCUGAUUGACGUCUAUCUUGAGCACUCUGACUUCUUCUCUCCAAUCUUCUACCGAGCAGAUAUAUUGGGCAUGCUCGACGCUGCUGGGGAUAUUCCUUGUCUCAAAGUACGAUUCAAAAUCUUCAUGAUAAUGGCCAUUGCCCUCCAGGUCUUGAACCGAACUGAUUCGAGUAUCUCUAUCACCAGAUCUGAUGCUUUUUUCUCUGCAGCAUCGCGCAUUCUGCUCACAGAUUCUGCCAAUCUUCUAACGGGGGACUUGGAGCAUAUGGAAAUAUUAUUACUUAUGAUUCAGUAUUCGUCCUUUUCCUCAAGUCCCGCUGGAACCUGGCAUAUCAUUGGACUGGCGACUAGGUUGGCAGUUGAUUUAGGACUUCAUGACGAGCCUCCUCAUCGCCUUCGACUCGACCCACUUGCGCUAGACCGACGAAGGCGAAUCUUUUGGGCUACAUACACGUUCGAGAGAAACCUAUGUGCUGUGCUAGGCCGCCCAGUGUCAAUCCCUGAUGAAGCCAUCUUUGUGUCCCUUCCGGCCAAUUCAGGUCCUUCGCGGGUAGCACUAGCAGUGCACCUUAUCAAAUUUCGACGAUUCGAGUCCGAAAUUAUGCAAAUCUUGCAUCAACAGCCACCACUUGCCUCACGAAAUUUUGAACACUACUCUUGGCGGGACGAUAUGCGUCAGAGACUCUAUGAGUGGCGCACUACUGUACCUUUUCACGAAAACCCAACCCAAUUGGCGCCUAUGGAGAUCUUUGAUGGUUAUCUUUACAACUCACUGGUUCAUCUCUUCUCCCCAUCCCGCCACAUAUCUAUUCUAUCCGCCGACGACUUAGUGUUCCUUGCUGAUUGUGCCAAAAGAAGCAUCGAAGCGUAUCGUUCAAGUUUUCGCGAUGGCAAACUACGUUUCUAUUGGCGCACCAUCCAUAACCUCUUCCGCUCUGGCGUCUCUCUUAUCUAUUGUCUGAAAAAUUGGCCACAAGGGCGGGACCUCGACACUCGCUCGGCACACACAACAAUCAACUUAUGCUCUUCAGUCCUUUGGGGCAUGGUCGAACGCUAUCCAGAGGGCAAACCUGGUCGGGAUACCUUCGAAACACUGUAUCAAUCCUUUCAGCAGUCCAAUACCGAGCACUUGUCCCACCUACAAACCCAGUCUUUUCCAUUCGCUGAUUCACUUGGAUUUGCGCCCGCUACUCUUGACACCUCAAAGGUGUCAUCUGGCCCGAUACCAGAUGACUCCGUUCUAGAAGAUGUCAGCUUGCCGCACUUGUAUGCCUGGGAUCUGUGA